AUGGCUCCUUCAUCCGAGGACGCUGGCGGUUCUCUUGACGCUGAACAACGAGAAACCAAGGCGUUGAGCCCUACAAAGGCUAACGCGACACCGACACAGUCAACGCCAUCCACUGAUACAGAAAACGAGAAAGAGGCUGAAGUUCGAGGAACUGACGAGCUUGACACGGAAGAAUCCGUGAUUGCGGCUCCAAUCGAAUAUCCCAAAGGAGGCCACCUCGCUCUUAUUACGACCGCCCUUGUUUUGUCGGUAUUUCUGGUAGCACUAGACCAGACUAUCGUCGGAACCGCUAUCCCCAAAAUCACGGACGAGUUCAAAGGGCUUCAGUAUGUCUCAUGGUACGGCACCGCAUACUUCAUGACCGGGGCCGGCUUCCAGUCAUCCUGGGGCAAGGUGCCAAUAUAUUUCAAUCUCAAGUACAGCUUUUUGGCAGCAAUGCUGGUCUUUGAGCUGGGCAGCCUCAUUUGCGGCGUUGCCCCCACAGCCACGGCCUUCAUUGUCGGGCGCGCAAUCGCAGGUCUAGGCUGCGCGGGAAUUACAACUUGUGCCAUGACCAUCAUGGUCCUCAGUUCAAGACCGGAGAAUGUCCCAAGGUUCAUGGGCGUCAUCGGGGCCACGUACAACAUCGGCGCGGUAUGCGGGCCUCUGAUCGGGGGCGCGUUUUCGGAGGGUGUCACUUGGCGCUGGUGUUUUUACAUAAACCUGCCCGUCGGCGGCAUUGCUCUUCUUGUUGUGCUGUUCUUUUUCCAUAAUCCUAGUCACUCAAAGCCGAUCGACGCCACCUUUCGAGAGAAGAUUGUGAACCUGGACUUGGGGGGCGUGGCUCUGGCCAUGGGAGCCAUCAUCUCGCUGACAUUGGCUCUCGAGUACGGCGGACAGAAGAUGCCCUGGAACAGCAGUACCGUCAUAGGCCUUUUGAUGGGAUUCGUGGCGAUUCUAGUCGCCUUUGUGGCCUGGCAGAUCUGGCAAGGCGACCGAGGGAUGACGCCGCCGCGGGUUAUCAAGGUCUUGCCCAUCUGGUCCACGUCCUUGUUCCAAUUCUUCUUCGCCGGUUCUUAUAUGAUAUCGCUCUAUUAUUUACCGAUAUACUUCCAAAGCGUCCACGGUGUGAGUCCGAUCCAGUCUGGUGUAAGAAACCUUCCAUUGGUCAUCGCUUCGGCCAUUGCGAUCCUCGUCACCGGUCAACUCGUCGCCAAAACACAGAGGACUGGGCCUUUGAUGGUAUUUGGCUCUUCUCUCGCAACUGUCGCCUGUGGUCUGUUUUAUACAUUCAGUAUCGAUACCUCUACCGGAAAAUGGAUUGGGUACCAGAUCCUCGCCGGUGCUGCUUGGGGCAGUGGCUUUCAAAUGGCGAUCAACACUGUCCAGGCCGAAGCAAAGCCGGCAGAUCUCUCAACCGCAAUCUCUCUUAUUUUCACUUUUCAAACCUUUGGUGGAGCCUUCGGCAUCGCGGCAGCUCAGAGUGCUUUUGUGAACAUCAUGACGAGCAAACUUGCUUCUACUGCCCCCACGGUUGAUCCCGCCACGCUCAUAUUGACUGGCUCGGCCGAAAUCCGGAAUGUGUUUGCACCUGAUGAGAUCCCUGGAAUUGUGCUUGCCUAUAUGUCGGGACUUAAGGUUGCUUUUGCCCUGAUGGCCGGAUUCGCAGGCAUGUCCUUUCUCUUGAGUGGUCUACAGAGCUGGAAAAAGAUUUAUGGUGAGAAGAAAGCAGCCGAUGUUAUUCCAGCCUAG